AUGGCAGAACCAGCUGGGAAUGGGAACGCGAUUAGCGCUGGUAUGUCUCAAGAAACAUUUGGGAGGAAGAAGGCUAAUAAGUAUCCAGACGAGAUCGCCUUGUACGACCGACAGAUCCGGCUCUGGGGAGUCCACGCUCAAGAGAAAAUUCGUUCAGCGAGUAUCCUACUCGUCACUGUGAAAGCUCUCGCGAACGAAGUAGCCAAGAACCUGGUCCUCGCCGGUAUUGGCUCGCUUACAAUAAUCGACCAUGAACCCGUAACCGAAGCCGAUCUCGAUGCGCAAUUCUUCCUGGAGGAGGCGCACAGAAACGAGGAUAUCAUCAAAGAGGGGAAGAACCGCGCCGAAGUCGCCGGUCCCCAAAUCCAUAAGAUGAACCCGCGCGUGAAACUGCACAUCGACACCUCAGAUAUUCGCACCAAGCAGCCAAACUUCUUCGCCCAAUUUGAUGUCACAAUCGCCACAGAAUUAGAUUAUGAGACCAACAACACCAUCAACGCGGCCUGCCGUCUAGCCAACAAACCAUUCUACGCCGCCGGUCUCCACGGUUUCUACGGCUACGUCUUCGCCGAUCUAAUAACUCACGACUUCGUCAUCGAGCGCAGUAAAUCCAACGUCCCGUCCGCGACCCAAGAAACCCAAACCCGCAGCAUCGUCAAAGUCACGACCAAGAAGGAAGGCGACAAGACGAUUGAACUAGUCACAAAGCGCGAAACAUACUCCCCGCUCCUCUUGGCCAAUACAUCCCCUUACCAGAAGAAUAUACCCGUCUCCCCGGCGCCGCAAGCAAGCCGCAAACCUACCUUCAACCACGCAGACCUGGAAAGCUUCACCAAGCUCGCGCGCGAAGUUCACCAGGAACUCAAGCUCGACAUGGCAUCACUGGAUAGUGCAUUCUUGCGCAACUUCCUCCAGAAUCUAGGCUGUGAACUUAGUCCCGUUGCGGCAUUCCUGGGUGGAUCGCUAGCGCAAGACGUCAUUAAUGUUCUCUCUGCAAGAGAGCAGCCAUUGCAGAACUUGCUCCUCUUCGACGGGGACAAGUCAAUUGGCCCGAUUUAUUCGCUUCAUCCAUUCUUCCCGCCUGAGAUGGGUAUGGAGAGUCUCGGGGCUGUGCCGCCUGUUGGAAAUCCAAUUCCGAUGGGUGGGAAUGGGGAUACUGCUGGUCACGUCGAUGUGGAACCUACGGUCAUUGAGUGA